CAUCUUUCUGACGCGCGCUAGUAAUGCUUUCUGUUUGACGUAGCCUUAUGUUAUUUUAAGGUUGUUUUAAAUUUGCGGUUAGUUAUUAUAUAGCCCUCAUUGUAACGUACUUUAUCACUGUAUUUGCAGAUGCAUGGUCAGUGGCUGCUGGGGGGUUUCUGUGGGGGCGUGAUACUCACACAGCACCACGUGCUCACCGCUGCGCACUGCUUACAUAGAAAAAUCAAUGACACUGCAGCUGCUACUGGAACUACCAUCUUGAGGGCAUCUAAAGUUGUCAUUCGCGUCGGAUCCACCUACAAUGACCGCGGAGGCUCAGAGCAUGCGACGUCCAAGACCGUGGUCCACGAGGACUACAACUACAAAUAUUCGAAGAGUAAAGACAACGACGUGGCAGUGUUGGUGCUGCCGACCAGUAUAAGCAACUACCGGAGCAGCUCGGUGCAGCCAGCCGCCAUCCCCCCGGGGGGGUAUGUGGUCCCGGACAACGCGUCUGUGGUAGCUGUCGGGUGGGGACAGACUGAUAUGAACUGCAGCAAGUCAACCCCCCUCGGGCUGCGGCACGUGGGGCUGCGCACGGUGGACCGAGACACCUGCGCCGCGCGUUAUCCGAGAUUAUUCUCAUACAACAACAUGCUCUGCGUGGGGCUGCUUGGUGUUGGAGGAGCUAGUACUUGCAAGGGUGACUCAGGUGGUCCCUUGGUGUACAACGGGGUGGUGGUUGGGGUGACCUCAUUUGGGAAGUUAUGCGACACUUACUUUUACCCUGAUGUGUCUACGCGCGUCUCUAGCUACACCGACUGGAUCAACAACACUGUAAGUCAAAAUCAGGUUGUGGUCGUGCACAAGAACAGUCACAAUACCGCCGUGGCAGCUGACGUCACCAGUUUGAUGCUACUCGCCUUCGCAACGUCAAUUUGGAUAAUAUAUUCCAAAAUCUCAUGAAUUCAGUAAGUACCUACAGAAGAUAAUUUUAGUGUCU